AUGAAUUCAUAAUUUCUUGCUAGCAAGGCUUAUUUGAUGAAAAAGUUUUCAAUCCCUACAGAACAAUAACUUUACUUCUAUUUGGGUAAAAAAUUCAAAUUUCCUAUUUGCAAUAAAACUGACAUGAUUCAUUACAUUUAUUUCUUAUCUCUAAGCCAUUAAAGAAAAGCCUUUGGAGAUUCUGCUAAGUUUAGAGUAAUAGAAUUACUCAAUCAAAAAAACAAUUUCCUAAAUUCCAUGAAUAUAGAAUAAUAGAUCGCCUUAUUAGCUGGAUUAAGCAAUUUACUCAUUUAUGAUGAAACACUUUUAGAAUCAAUCUGCAAAGUGAUUCAAUCAAAUCUGGCAUCUAUAAACUUAAGAGAAAGAUUAAUAAUUUUACAUAGUCUUUAAAAAUUGAGAAUGGAAAAUCAUCCAAUAUUCGCACUAAUUUCAGAUCAACUCAAUAAUCAAUUUGAAUUUAUGGAUCAUUAUGAUUAAAUCAUCCAUCUACUAAUACAAACUAGGCUUUAUCAUGACAAUAUUGUUUCAUCGUAAAUAAUUGAAGAUCUUUUAAAAAAAUUUAUGGAUCAAAAAAAUGAGGUAAUCCAAAAUUACUUUGCCUCAUUCAAUUCUCACUAUUGUUAAUUAAUGUUCAAUAUAUUUCCUGAAAUAAUUGGUUAAAACUAUUAAGAUGCAAAACCUUCGGAAUAAAAUUAAUUUUAUCCGCAUUUUCAAAAAUUAGAAAGGAUUUAUAAAAUUGCUAGAAGAGUUAUUGAUAAAAGAACUGGAUAUAAAAAAGCAGAUUAUUAUGAAUACUAAAAUGUCAAUUUCUUGAACAUACCAAUCGAGAAAAAUUAAGACAUAUUAACAAAAUUGGAAAAUAAUGUACUUAAUGUCCUCAAAACAUUAAAUAUCUAAUUUAAUUCUCAAGAAAGAAUUCUUAUUUAUGAUGUAGAUUUUUUUUUGCCAAAUAAUACAAUAAUAAAUUGCAAUGGUCCUUUGCAUUUUAUCAUGAAUCCUUAAUUGUAACAUAUCGGACAUAGCCCAAACCAUCAAACGGUUUUAAGGUAUUAAUGA